UGUUAUCCAGGAUUAAGGGUACUGAACCCUAUUUAGGAAUCACGCAUUUAAACAUGUGACCGGGUUUCAUAAUUGUCAUAACAGGUUGAUUGAUGAUUCUUGGUUUCAUAAUCGUCAUAACAGGUUGAUUGAUGAUUCUUGAGCUAUAAGGACACCUAGUAUAAAAUGGAAAUAUGAAAACCAUUAACUCAGUAUUCGACACACGGUGCAUAAAUGAGCAGUAAGAUUCUAUGGUCACUUAUUUGGAGUAAAUCUGUUAAUUGGAAUAUAAUUAUAUAUUUCGAGUGAUGACCAACAUAUAACUGGACAAAAUGACAAAACCAACCAUAGAUUACUUUACGAAAAAUGAAAAAGUCGCUGAUGACACGAGAGACAAACAGACUUUUGGAGAGAUGGUUCAACCUGAAUCAAAAAAUGAAACCGUUUCAAUAAAGGAAUAUUUUUAUCAAUGGGUUGAUAAUAGUGUUUUACAUGGGAUAAAAAAUGUUCGUGCCAGCAAAAACAUACCACUGAGAAUAUUUUGGUGUUUGGCUGUUUUGAACUUCACUGUCACAUUUGUAGUGUUUGGCAAACACCAAAUAUUAUUAUUCGUAUCGAUGCCAGUCAAACAAGUUCAAACAAUCGGAGCAACACAAUUUCAGUUUCCAACUGUCACCAUCUGUCCUUUAAGUGCCUACUCGAGAAGCAAUAAAGAAAAAUUUCAAGGAAACAGUUCAACAGCAUCCAGUCUUUUUUUCAACUCCUUAAACAAUUUUGCUAGUAGCCAGUAUUCAUUUUCAACAAGUAUCAUCUCAUCAAAUCGUCAGUUCACCUAUCGAAAUAUACCUUAUGCUGAGCUGCAGCAAAUGGGGUAUCAGGCAAAAGAUUUCAUUGUGUCAUGUCGAUUUAAAAAUGCUAGAUGCACAUAUGAAAACUUUGAGGUACUCGAGUCUGUCGCAUACCAAAAUUGUUUUAGCUUUGUAGCUAACAAAACUGUAGAUGUCGCUGGUGAACUAAUGGGACUCUCCGUUGUUUUAUUCACUGAAGAUGAAGUGCAUUCAGAUGCUAUAAAAGGUGUUGACAAGUACAAAACUAUUGCAUAUACUGCAGCUGAUAGACCAUCUGAUUAUAGCGCUGGCGUGAAAGUAUUCAUUAACCCCCCUGGUACUCCUAUUGAUGUUGCUACUGGUGGAAUCACUGCAGCUGUUGGCAUGACAACAGAUAUUGGAUUAAAUGUUGAGAAUGUAAAAUGGCUAAAUGAUCCUUAUCCUAACCAAGCAUGUGUGCUAUCAACUGAGAUUGAACAUCACCAUAAUGACACUUACAGCCAAGAGACAUGCUUCUCUAACUGUGUUCAGGACUUCUUGAUAGAGAGAUGUGGGUGCGGGUCAGUAUCAUAUGCAUCAACUCCAAAGGAAUCUCCUCCUGAAGAUAUGUGUGGUUAUUUUGCAAAUGUUACAAUGCGAUCCUCCAUCUCUGCUGGUAUUUUUGAAUGGAUAUGCUUAGUGCAGAAUCAGAAAAUGUUCAAUGCAACCACAAAGGCAGAAUGUAAUUGCCCUCCUCCUUGUGACCAGAUCACAUACAAGCCGACUAUAUCACAGGGGGUGUUUCUUCCAAGCUCCUACCAGUACUCAUUCCUAGAGAGGCUAACAGGCACUGCAUGUCCAGAGAACAGUUCUGACCUGCCCAAAUAUUACUCCCUCCUAAUGGGGGCUGUGAUGCAUGAAAAUGGAACAAAAGUUGACUGUAACAAAGCCCUGGAGACUAUUUUAGCAGAGGAAUUGGUAUCUAAGAACUUUCUAAGGGUGAAUGUAAAGUUAGCAUCCACUUUGGUGUCAACUACAACAAUGACCCCUGACUACACAGGGUCUGAUCUGUUCAGUGACCUUGGGGGAACACUGGGACUGUGUCUAGGAGGGAGUAUGAUAGGUGUGGUAGAAAUAUUCGAAUUACUUGGAGGAUUGUUUGUGAAGACUUUAUGCAAGAUAAAAGCAACAACAGUGAAACCAAUGGCUAAAACAUCAAAAACAGCAUGGUAAUGGAGAGAUCAUCUAUGAUCUUGGGGGCUUGCUUCAAGGCUAGAUUGAUUGCAUUUAGUACGGAGCAGUAACCUUGUAAUUGGCCUAUGAUAUUUCUCUGCUUACAAAUAUACAAAUUUCAGUUUUCAGUCAUUUCAGAUUGUGGCAAAGCCAAAAAUAAGAUUUAUUUUGAAUUUUACAAAAAUUGAUGCAACUUACUCCAAAAUUGAGGUAGAAGUUUUUUUUUUGUAUUUUGCCAUUUGAGCAUGCUCACGCGGUACUAACUUUGACCAUUAAUUUGAAUUUUUGACCUACCAGAUGUUUGGA